CCUAAGUAUGAUUCUCAAUCAGAGACAACGAUCGAUCGACAGCUGCCUCUGAUUGAGAACCAUACCAGGCCAAACACAGAAAUACAACAUAGAAAAAAGAACAUAGACUACCCACCCCAACUCACGCCCUGACCAAACUAACACAAAGACAUAAUAAAGGAACUAAGGUCUGAACUUGACAGUGACAGUAAUAAUAUUGCACACAUAUUCAGAAAUCUGCAAGUUUUUAUACUACUUCUAUAUUGCACCGUUACCAACAUGAUCUUUUUUUUUUAAAUCAAUUAAUUUCCCUGUAAUCUGCUGAGAUUGUGAACGUUUUCAGGCUUUGAAGGGAGUUUUGACUGGAUUUACUAGAAAUGUGAAAUUGACCUGGCAAGCCUGUCUCUGCCUGAGCAUGAUCACAACAAAAGUAGCUGUGCAGCACGUUUUUUAAAGGAAGAGGAGGAUGGUUGCAGACGUUGCAUUCAUGCAAGAAGAUGUCAUACACCGAGGCUGCCAGUACCUCUGGAUCGAUUGUCCAUGUGUUGGAUGAUGCACAACCGUUGGUCAGAACUGACAGUGUUUACGAGAGAUGUCAGCGAUUCGGGCCAAUGACCAAGGGAAAGCUGGGACAAAAGAGAGGUUCACACGCCAUGAAAGACAGAAGGAAGUCCAGGACGAGGACACAAGAGACCAGUCAGAACAGUUCUGAGAACAGCCUGACAGACAUCCUCAGUGUCCGGUGUGCCAGUGAUAUUGUCCUACAGCCAACGCCACCAGGGAGAAAGAAUAGCCGAUCCCACUUCCACAACAUGGAUGUGACUAAAGAGAGGGCUGACAUGGGAAGGCUUCCAUUGGCCACUCCACCCUUCAGGCUCCCAAUGCUCACUGUGACCUCUCUCAAUGCCCAAAGGAACAAAAACACCCUCAAGGUGCCUCGCAUGCCUCGUCUGCAGCUGGAGGGACAGAUGGGUAGCAAGCGUCUGGGUCCGGUUAAAACCAAAACCGGAGGGAGCACAUUGACCUCCAGCCACAAGGAGCCAGAGGUUAAAUCCAGCAGACCACAGACACCAGGAAGCAUCCCUAGGAGACCUAAUUUAUGCUCCACUGCAGCCAAGGCAGUAGCUCCUUUAUCUGGGACUCCAUGCAGGCAGUCUGAGAUCAGGAUCCAGGCCAAUCCUCUCCAGAGGUCUAACAUCCAGGACCAAAGGCCCCGCUCUCCUCCUGCUCAGGCCAGACGGUCUCUGUCCGACGGCAGCCUCUUGCAGCCGCCAUGUUCUCCUGUGGAUGACCUCCAGCCGGAGGUCCAGGCCAGCAGAAGCCUGGCUCGACCCAAGACCGGGAUAGCUAGGAUAACAAGACAUACUGAUGGCAGCACUCUGAGGUUCCCUAAUCAGACCUUAGAGCUUAUAAACUCUAUGGGUAGGAGGGAGAGUACCAAUUCUUUCCCUGUGCUGCCAACCAUUGCAGUGUCAGCCUCACCUGCCCAGAUGGCCAUCCCAUUGCCUACCCCAAUGGUCAGCCAUGUGCCUGACCUUCUGGUGCCUAUUCCAUCUGCUUCUCCGGUUCCUUCCAGCCGAGUGCCUGCCCCACCUGCCUCCCCAGCGCCAGCCCGGCCUGCCAAUGCCAGAACACGGCGUGUGUCGAAGAGGAUCCAGCUCUUACAGAUCCAGUCUGCUAUGCUGGACCAGCAGCUACCAGAGCAACUGGGUGACAAACAAAUCAUAUUACCCUCUGAGCCCCUGUCCUUCAGUAGCACUGAGAGGUUGUUCCUCUGUGGUCCACCUUUAGUCUGUGGAGAUGAUGGCUGUCACCCCCUGACCAGACCUACGCCCAGCCACACAGGUCGCACCGACCACUCCCCUUUGCUGACUAGUAGGAGAGCCGUGCAAGCGGGCGAGAAGUGCCCCUUUGAUACCCUCUUGACCCCCUUGGUCCCACUGGCAGAACAGCCUCCUAUCAAGCGGGGCACAUGCCCGCCUCCGUGCCAAGGCCCGGGCGGGAGAAUAGCCAACGAGGGCGCAGAAAGAGAGUGA